GUUACAAAAGAUAUCCCUAAUCCAAUGGCUAUGGAAGCACGACCUCAAGUGUUCAUCAACCAUGGUGGAAACGAUCUGAGCGACUACUUCGUUAGGGAACUAGCAACUGCCUUAAGGGACCAAGGGUUUAACGUUUUCAUAGGUAGCGACGAGCGAGGAGCAAGAAGAGGCAUCAAAUAUAUUUUCAGAGCGAUCGAAAGCUCAGAUGUCGCACUAGUGAUCUUCUCUGACAUGUACGCAGCGUCAGAGUGGUGUCUGCAUGAGGCCGUAAGGAUUUAUGAUCGACAUAGGGAAGGGAAACUUGUGUUGGUCCCUAUCUACUAUAGGGUUUCAAAAGAGGAUGUGAAUAUGUUCCAAGGAAGAUUUGGGGAGUGCUUUGUGAAAACGUUGAAGACUCGUGGCAUCAAUGGUCAUCCAUUUGCUGAUAUUUGGAAGACAAAUGUGAAUCUUAUAUGCACUGAGCCUGGAUUCACCUCUAAAGAUUUUUGCAAUAUUGAUGUCAUUUUUAUGGUGGCUAUGGUUCAUUGGGUUAAGAGGCGGUUACGAAGCAGAAAUCUACCGAGCGAUAUCGAUAUGUUCAUACCAAAACAACUGGAGGCUCAAGAAGGAUUUGGAAAAGAGUUGCUUUACGUGUCUAUUGCUGCUUUGCUAGCUCUGUUAUUUCAUAAUUUCUUUGGUUUUCACUGAUUUGGAUGUCUUCAGUAUCCGUCAGUGGUUCCUAGCUGUUCUGAUUUUGUUUGUCAUCAGGAAGACUUGUCGUUGGAUUCUGAGCUGAUGAGCUAAAUGUUAAUCUUUAGUUACGUAGGCAAGAGAUUAACAUUUCUUGUUGGUUACGUUAUAUGUGCGUGGUUACUGUUUUUUGUUCUCUGCUUCCUAAUUUCUUUGACCUUUUCUAUUAAUAUGAAGAUUUUGGUACAACAAUAAUGUUUAUUGAAUCAAAAAAUCAUGAACUU